GCCGGACCCGCCCCCGCCCCGCCCGACCCCGCUCCGGUACCGGCCCCGCUGCCCGCUCCCUGCUCCGGUACCGGCUCCGCUCCCCGCCAUGAGCAGCUCCCAGUUCAACAAGGGCCCGUCCUACGGCCUUUCCGCCGAAGUCAAGAACCGGCUCGCCCAAAAGUAUGACCCACAGAAGGAGGCUGAGCUGCGGACGUGGAUAGAGAGCGUCACAGGAAAACAGAUUGGACCUGACUUUCAGAAGGGGCUGAAGGAUGGGGUGAUCCUCUGCGAGCUCAUGAACAAACUGCAGCCUAACUCGGUGAGGAAGAUCAACCGCUCAGCUCAGAACUGGCACCAGCUCGAGAACCUCUCCAACUUCAUCAAGGCCAUGGCCAGCUAUGGCAUGAACCCCGUGGACCUCUUUGAAGCCAAYGACCUUUUUGAGAGCGGGAACCUGACGCAGGUGCAGGUGUCRCUGCUGGCUCUGGCAGGAAUGGCCAAGACCAAGGGGCUGCAGAGUGGUGUGGAUAUUGGUGUGAAGUACUCGGAGAAGCAGCAGAGGAAUUUCGACGAGGCCAAGAUGAAGGCUGGGCAGUGCGUGAUCGGGCUGCAGAUGGGCACGAACAAGUGUGCCAGCCAGUCCGGCAUGACAGCCUACGGCACCCGGAGGCACCUCUACGACCCCAAAAAUCAGAUCCUGCCACCCAUGGACCACUCCACCAUCAGCCUCCAGAUGGGCACCAACAAGUUCGCCAGCCAGCAGGGAAUGACGGCGUACGGGACGCGGCGGCACCUGUACGACCCCAAACUGGGCACGGACCAACCCCUGGACCAGGCCACCAUCAGCCUCCAGAUGGGCACCAACAAGUUCGCCAGCCAGCAGGGAAUGACGGCGUACGGGACGCGGCGGCACCUGUACGACCCCAAACUGGGCACGGACCAACCCCUGGACCAGGCCACCAUCAGCCUCCAGAUGGGCACCAACAAGUGUGCCAGCCAGGUGGGCAUGACAGCCCCUGGCACCAGGAGACACAUCUACGAUGCCAAGAUGGGGACAGAGAAGUGUGACAACUCCUCCAUGUCACUGCAGAUGGGCUCCAAYCAGGGCGCCAACCAGAGCGGGCAGGUCUUCGGCCUCGGCCGCCAGAUCUACGACCCCAAAUACUGCCCACUGGGCAACCAGGGCGAGGUGGCCAACGCCACCGAUGACCAGAGCGGGGACCUGCCYGGCUACCACUACUACCGUGAGGAGGAGGAGAGCUACUGAGCAGGAUGGCUCUGCCCUUCUGCACCGUCUCAUGUACAGCCCCACUGCCAGCCUCAUUCCAGCCUCCACUUUCAUCAUUCCUUCUUUUUAAACGCUUUUUUUAAACGUUGGAAAUKAAUCUAUUUUUCUGAGCGAGGAAAUAAAAGACCCCGUUUCUAGAGAGGAGCCCGGCCGGUUGCCCCCAGGAGCCCCAAGACCCUGGGGCAGCAGGAAGGUGGCAAAUGCUCCAGCAGCUGGGAGUGGACAGUGUCACCUCUCACGCAGCCAGUGACACCCCUGGAUGCUUCAGUGAGGAGCAGGAGUGGUCGCCCACGCUGCCCCUGGUGCUGCUGCUCAUCCCUGUGCUGGCAGGAUCCUUCUGAGCCCCGUGGAGGAGAGGGACUGGGGUCAGGGGGGCACGGGGGAGAGACUGUGUGGCCUCGGGAUUGCGAGUGUGUGUUUGUGUGUGAAUKCGUGUGCAUUCUGCACUCUGCCGUGAUCUCCACAUGCUGGAAAUGCCCUUUUUUGCAGAACUUGUAGGGACCAAGUUUUUGAGGCCACGGUGACAGCUGCAGGGCUGGGCGGGGAGCUGGCACACCUGGCACAGCCGGCACACCGGGCACACCCAGCACACCGGGCACACCCAGCGCUGCAGCAAUCCUGGCUGGAGCCAGGGCUGACUCCGACGGCCGCAUCCUACGCUGGGGCCAUGUCUGAGUGCAGCCCGUGCCCAUUGGCGUCUCUCCUCCCGUGCGGUUUUUAAUGCAGAUGCUCUUAGACUGAAACCUUUUAUUUUAAAAAGCCUUUCAACACAAACAAGA